AUGGCAAACGAGUUUUUCCGGCAUUUCGGACCCGACGCAGCGGUGGCCAUUUCUCCCCGCGGCCAGAGCAUCAUGGAAGUGUUUGUGGACGGUGAGCGCAUCUUUGACAAGAAGGGCGAAGGAAACAUCUUCCCCGACUUGGGUCGCGUCCGCAAGAUGCUGGCACAUGUCCGCGAGAAGAUCGAGCAGGCCGACUUGGUAGCUGCCGACGACUAA